AUGGUACAGAACAAUAGAUCGCUUUUUUUCGUUGGGGUGUGCGACUCUUACAAGGAAAGCCCCUCCACUUCACCGAUACGCCUGGACGACUUGGAUGGAAAUGACGGUACAUCGGAUCAGGGUUUAGCCUUCGAUGGAGAAGUAGGAAUCACGUCACAAGCACGAGAAAGAAAUCGUCGAGCAUUUGAGCUGGGCGAUAGCAUUAAUGAUGUUGCAUUGCAUUUGGAUGAUCUUGAUAUGGUUCCACUAAAUACGAAGUUUGAUAUGCAGAUGGAGAUGGGCUCACCUAUGGCAAUGCCACCAGAAACGCAACCUCCCGUCGAACCUUUAAAAGCAAAGAAUCUAGAAUAUUCAUCGUUAGCUCACCUUCCAAGUUAUUUCUUUGAGAAAACGCAUUUCCGUAUUGAGCGCAAAUGCCUGUUGGAAAUGUGUAAGUUAAGGCGAAAUUAUCUAACUAUAAGUAAACAAGAUGCUUUAUCAUGUCCUCGGUUUCAUUCAACAGUAACUGAGAAACGUCUUAAACCUAUAAAAGAAAAUUUUUCUGGAAUGAGGCGCCUUCUUGACCUUAGAGAAGACAAUACUCUGAGCCCCCUCUCGGAUGACAAUUAUACGACUGAAUUGUUCAGUGAUCAAGUAAAUGUCCCCUCUUUUAAAGAAUUUAGGCAAGAUUUCGAAUGGUGCUUGAAAAUUAUAAAAGAUAGAAGCCUAUCUAGAUUUAGCGAAAAAAGGUUACAGUAUCUUGCCAAUAAGUUCCCCAUUUUUCAAUAUCUACAUUCUAAGGAAGAAACGAGACAAAGUAAGAGGGUGCCACAUAAGGAUUUUUACAACUGUAGAAAGAUUGAUCUGAAUCUUUUGUUGAGCGGCUGCUUCUCACAGUGGCGAUUGACUGAGUUUAUUUGGACGAAGUUGAGAAAAGAGCCAGACAAGAUUAUCCAUCAAACUUCCAGCGGUGAUCAUAUAACGUUAAGUCAAUUGUUCAAGGUAGAUUUCGAGGAGAGUAGUCAGUUCUCUAAUGGAUUGAAAAUCAUUGACGAUUCCUUUUUAGAAUGGUAUAAAGUUAUUUAUCUCACAAAAUAUCAUUUGAUUAAUAACGAAUUUGAAAUACAUGCAGACCCACACAAUAGACAAUUCCAGCACUAUUUGAUUGCGAGGACAUUUUUGGAGUUUGAUAACUAUAUUAAUGGUGAAUAUCUAGCCGAACUGCUACAAAUUUUUUUAGUAAAACCGCAAGAGGAGUCUAAAUAUCAAUUAUGUCAACUUUCCGUAGACUUUCAAUUUUAUUUGCAUUACGGUAAUUCAGAUGUGGAUAAUUGGUGGAUGGUCUUCGCAAAUUGGCUGAGCCACUACAACUUGUUUUCCAGCAAUAUUCGCUGGAAUAUCCGCAUUUCCAGAAUAUAUCCAGAACUGUAUCGUACUGGCAAGGUUAAGAAUUUUCAGGAAUAUCUAAAUCUUAUCUUUGAGCCACUUUUUAACGCUCAAAAUUAUCUACACAAGUCAUUAGGGCCUAUUCUUUUGAAGUUUCUCUCACAAAUAUCUUCGAUUGAUUUAUGCAUUCAAGAUACAGACAGCUAUAUUUGGAAAAAUUUCACAACCGUUAGUUGCUUGCCAAAAAAUUGGACAUCUGAUGGUGAUAAUCCGACCAUAUCACAAUAUAUGUAUUACGUCUACGUCAAUCUAACAAAGCUAAACAAUAUUCGUCAGGCGCUUCAUCAAAAUACCUUCACUUUGAGAAGUUCAUGUUCCUCCACCUCAAUGAAUCGAACUUCGCAAUUUAGUAGUACACUGAACUUCACAGAACACACGGAAACUAUCUUAAACAAUUUUUUGCUAGCCAGUGGUGGUUUUUUAAAUGCAGAGAAUCUUUGGAAUGCGCCGCCAUCACUGGUAUAUCUUUUCUAUCUAAGUCAGAUUCCCAUGGUCGUGGCGCCUUUGAAUUCGAUAGUAGAUUCGAAGCCUACAGUGGUGCAGGAUCAGGCGCCCACGGGGCUUGUCCUAGAGCCUUCAAAACCUUAUAAAAAGAAUCCUUUCAUGAAGUUUUUUGAAAUGGGGUUCAAGAUAUCGCUGAGCUCAGAAUCUAUUCUCUACAACAAUUCUUACACCAGAGAACCCAUUAUAGAAGAGUACAGUGUCGCCGCUAGUAUAUACCGUUUGCAUUCAGCUGAUUUAUGCGAAUUGCUAAGAAACAGUGUUAUAACUAGUGGGUUUGCGAGUACCCUCAAGAUCAAAUGGCUCGGCAUUUCCCUUACCAGCCAUGAUUAUUUCGUGGAGAACACCGGUUUCGUAGACAAUUGGUAUGAUUGUAAGCCAGAUACAAGUUUGCAGCACAACGUGCCCAUCAUUAGACGUCGGUAUCGCAAUGAUACUCUCGCAGGGGAGUGGCGACUCAUAAUUGUGUGA